AUGCUACAGAGGCAUACAUCAUGGGAACAGAUGCACCAAAUAUUCGGCGAAUCAUACAUUUUGGCCCCCCAUCAUCACUGGAAACGUACUUGCAGGAGAUAGGAAGAGGUGGGAGAGAUGGAGCCCAGUGCAUCGCAACUCUGUUUUAUAACGCAAAUGACAUAGGAAGCAACGUCAAAAACAUGAAAGAAGAAGUCAAACUGUUUUGCGCGCUAAAAACAUGCAGGCGAAAAUUUAUUACUGACCACUUUGGAUUUUCUUAUGAACAAAAUAUGACACCGCAUACAUGUUGCGAUGUUUGUGAGCUAAAAUGCCAAUGUGACAAAUGUAUUGUCGCCAUUGCUGAUAAAAUAGAAAAUGACGUAGCAAUGGAGUCGACAGCAUCAAGUCGCAAAACUAAAAAUUCUGCAUUACUUGUCGAAGUUCUAAGUUCGUAUUUUGAUACUGAAAGCAGUCAAUUGGAUAUUCCAAACCCAGAUGUAUUUACUGGUCUCUCUAAAUCCUUGUUAACAGGUCAUGUGUCAAUUCAAUUGAAGAUUUUGUAAAUGAAGAUUGUUUAAAGCAGAAGUUUAGUCACUUGCAACCUCAUUUUUUGAGCAACAUAUAUGAAAUCAUACAGAACGUAAGUGAAAUCUAAAUAAUUUCCAUAUUCAACGGAAAACUGGAGCUUUUUAUUUUCUAUCCAACGGUGGUAGUUGGUCACAUUAAUAUUUUUAGACGAUGAAGCCUGGAUAUCUGAGAAUUGUUCGUGUUGGCGCCCUUCUUCAAACGAAAAAAGGUCUAACCUCUCUCAGUUCGUUUAGAAUUGCCAGUUCGUCACCAACAGCUGAUUUGUCGGAAUGUCGUUUUGAUAUUUCGACAACACCUGAGAUUUCAUCAUAA